UAAAUAGUGACCUUGCAUAAUUUCCGACGGCCAUGUGCGUUAUGACUCGUCCUGAAAAUUUCAUUCAUAUUUCUUAAAGUACAGCAAGAACACCGUAGAUUCAUCGAAGACGCAGCGAAGUUCCUUGCAGGAACGUCUUAAAUCCGCACUACUUUCCUGACGCAUCACGUCAGCGGACUAAUUUCAAAUUCAAGAGGUCAAAAGCAGGUCAAGGAAUGUUUGUGUUGUGUCGUGGUUUGUCCGGUCAGGUGAGAUCCACAGAAGUGGUACAGUCCAUUCAUUCCCAUCAUCAUCUGCAGCUGACAGACUACAUAUAAAAGGUGGAUAUUCUGUAGACUGGCAUACUCUUCAGGUGAAUAACACUUGUAGUUGUGCAAGUUGUUCAGGAAAGACCUGCAUUCUUUUAUUCACAGCCCGUUUGUUCCUGCGUACGUACGUACCUGGCAUGGCGCUGCCCCGACCUGUGGUGAUCUGCGGCCCCUCCGGCAGCGGCAAGUCCACGCUCUACAACAAACUCCUCAAGGAGUUCCCGGGGGUCUUCCAGCUCAGCGUCUCACACACCACAAGACAACCUCGACCAGGGGAGCUGAAUGGAAGAGAGUACCACUUCAUCAACAGGGACCAGUUCCAGGAGAACAUCAAGCAGGGAGACUUCCUGGAAUGGGCCGAGUUUUCUGGGAACAUUUAUGGAACAAGUAAGAAGGCGCUUGAGGAGGUACAAAGUAACAACGUGAUCCCCAUCCUGGACAUCGACACCCAGGGGGUCAGGAACGUGAAGAAGGCCAGUCUGGAGGCUGUUUACAUCUUCAUCAAGCCUCCCAGUAUAGAUGUGCUGGAGAAGCGGCUGAGAAGCAGAAAAACAGAGACGGAGGAGGCUCUUCAGAAGAGACUGUCUGCAGCCAGGAAUGAACUGGAGUAUGGUUUAAAACCAGGAAAUUUUCAACACAUCAUCACCAAUGAUGACUUGGAUGUUGCAUACGAGAAAUUAAAAGGCAUCUUAAUUAAAUCCCAGAUGCCCUUGGCCAUGGCUACAGGGUCCUCCUCAUCAGUGGUGAACAGUUUUCUGGACAAGCCUGCCGCCUCGGCCACCACGGUCAACUCCAGCUCACAGGACUAACUACGGGCAGCGGACAGACAUCGCUGAAUAAAGAGACUCUUUUUACACAACCAUUCUUUAUAGUUGAAAGGUUUAUAUUUUGUUCCAAC